AGGAUGGAAAGCCAGCGGGGGUCUCGAGCCAAAGAAGAAACUGAACUCGAACAGACAAGGAAUCUGCCGAAUUCAAACGACGGAAAGAGGAAACCCACUCGUUUGUCCCGGUCUGAAAAUCAGGGUUCUGAAGAAAAAGGUCUUUUGUAUCAUGAUCGGACCUCUCAGGGCAUUAGAGGAGAGAAGGUUUGGUUCAACCGCAGCGUAUAUGAGCAGGCAGACGACGCUUAUCAAUCCUUGUUGAGCGCAGGGACCGGGACACCUCCGGUUUCAUCCUCCCCAAAAGAUCGAAUUCCCCGCACCCUGGUCUUCAGAGCUAAACGCAACGGUGCGCAACAACUGCAAGAGGAGGCGAACCAAACGUACACGCGUUCCUAUGUGUCACGUCAACAGCAGCGGGGUUCGACCCACCAACGAUCCUCGUCUGAACCCGAUCGGCAGCUCCCAAAAAGUAACAGGAAGAGGGUCCUCUCUGAGACCGAACGCGCCCCUCAGAAAAGGGACAACAUCACAAUGAGUGGACUUCAAGGACUCGGCCAGGAGAACAUCUGGUUUGACAAGUCCAGAUACGACGAGGCCGAGAGACACUUCUACGAGGGCAGGAACGGCAUCCCUCAGACACCUCAGGCGAAGACCACUCUACAGGGUAGUAAAAGGCACGCUCGCACUCAAAAACAGCGGGAGAGGAAGACCAGUCAGAAUGCCAGCAAGUCUGAGGAUCAGAGUGAGCUGGUCUCUCGUCUGAAGAGUCUGGAACUGGACAACAAGAAUCUGCACAAAGUGGUGGAUAAUCUGAGAGCAGUGCUGUCCAAACUGGAGUCCAGAAUGGCUGUGCUGGAAAAGAGCCAAGCGCCGGCUUCAAAGACCGUUACUGUCACCAAGGCUGCUCCUGUCCAGAAGCCCAAGGUUGAGGAACAUAAUGGUGCAGACGACGACGACGACAUUGAUCUCUUUGGCAGUGAUGAGGAAGAUGAGGAUGCAGAGCGUAUCAAAGCAGAGAGGGUGAAGGAAUACACCCAGAGGAAGUCCAAAAAACCAGCCCUCAUCGCCAAAUCCUCCAUCCUGCUGGACGUCAAACCUUGGGACGACGAGACCAAAAUGUCCAAGCUGGAAGAGUGUGUGCGCUCCAUACAGAUGGACGGCCUCCUGUGGGGAGCUUCUAAACUGGUUCCUGUCGGCUACGGCAUCAAAAAGCUGCAGAUCAACUGUGUCGUAGAAGACGAUAAAGUGGGAACAGACAUCCUGGAAGAGGAGAUCACCAAAUUUGAGGACUACGUCCAAAGUGUUGACAUUGCUGCCUUUAACAAGAUCUGAGCCUCUCACCUCCAUCUCCAUUUCACACUGGGUUACUGCUGCUUUUAUAUCACAGUUACCAAUAAACUGUUCAGCCACGUGAACCAACUCA